AUGGACGGAUGGAAGCACGAAUCCGAGUUAAGAGACUUCAUUAUCGAGACUAGCACCUUUCCUACAACGGCACUAGCCCCGAGCCCAGACCACCAGUCCUGUGACGAACGGGAGGAUAUUGAUGCCUACCACCGAACGCUAGAGCAGGUCCACAAGGCCGAGUCUUGCCUUCACCGCAACCGGGAAGACACGGCGCAUAUCCAGCACCUCAUCAGCUCCCUGAAGGACGCCGGUGAGAUAAACCCGGCAAUGGACAUUGUCGAACAAUACAAGCGCCUGCAGCCCCUGAUGGCGCUGGCUUUCUGGAUGCCCGUAGGCUACCUCCAAAGCUGCCACGGGUCGCCUGGUUCGCUCAUCGUCAUUGCUCACCUCUACACCAUGACUAUUCUCAUGGCACGCCUGUUUCCCAAGUCUGGCGCCGGCUACUGUGGCAGCUUGUCCGUCAGGCCCCUCGAAGAGAUUGCCCGUCGACUUCGGACCUGCCUCCUUUCUAGCCAUGCGGACCACGAAACCGACAGCGGCAGCCAGCAACAAAUGCCCCUGACACUCAUGGAAUUUCCUAUCGCCAUGGUAGGUCACCUGCGCUCCCACCGAUGA